CACAGAUUCACAGCUCUUUUCAGGAUCGUGCUUUAUUCCACUUGGACUUGUCCAGGCAUCAACAGAAUGACGGACAAGUCAAAACUGAAAAAGGUGAAAAUUCGGCCAGCCCUUCCUUGGGGGAAAAAUGGGAAACCUUUACCUGAGAACAAUCAGGAAGGAGAUGUAAAUGAAGAGGACGAGGAUGACAGCCCCUCAGCUCAGACCACCUUAAACACCCAUGAGGAACAGCAGAGUGUGGAAGAGAUCACACUUCAGGAACUAGCCGAGCUUCUUCAGGUGACCCCUGGCGACAUCUCUGUGAGGCCUAACACCUCUGAGGAUGGAUCUUGUUGUGCAGUGCCUCACUCAGGACAGGAGAACCAGCAGAUUGUUGUUCAACUGAUACAAAGAUCUGUGAACAAGCAUUUUCCGAAGCCACCGGAAGAGCUGGAGAGGAACCUUCAGCAGCACUUGUUGGAAGUGGAGACAGUCCUGCAGACUCAGCUUGAGAGGCUGGCUCCCCAAAUUACAUGUAAGGAGUUGAUGGGAUGUCUGCUUGAGUGCUACCAUCGUCAGACAUUUGAUCACCUGCAUGGUCUACUCCAGAACAUCAGCACCUCCAAGAAUUCCUUCAUGCUGUUAAACUGGGUCCAACACACAUAUCUGAGUAAGGACCUACCAGGCGAUGCUUCUCAUCAAAGAGUGGAUCACAUAAAAAAUGUCGACCUCAUGCUGUUCACAGAGUGGGUGACAAAAGCAAAGGACAACCUACUUGAAAAUGUGCAGAAAGAUGUCAGAGCAUCUCUGGAGAAAAUCCUGCAGAAUGAGAGAAGCCAAGAAGGCGGUGAUAGUGACGAAGCUUUCAUUCAAUUGCACGUGGACACCAUUCAGUGCAUCAAUGCCAUGUACAAAGCUGCAGAAACAAUCAGCAAAACACUGUCUGACAGUGUUCAGGAGGUUUGUUUCCAAGAGCUGCUGGUGUUUGUGAAGAGGUACACCACUGAGCAGACUGAGAUUCUUAGAAAUCAAACACAAAAGGCCAAGCCAGACAUGAAACUCUUCCUGAAGACUUUGCAAAACUGUGAAGCUCUCAAGCAGCAUGUCCAGACCAAAAGUAACAACAUCAAAACUUCCCUUCCUGACGACACUGUGAAAGCGCUUGAAGAGAUGGAAGAUCUAACUAUGAAGCUCCUGUUGGAGAUUGUUGCUGGCUACACAGAGAGCCACCUUAAGAACUACUUCAAAUCGAAGAAUGGGCAUUUCUCCAUGUUGGUCGAAGAAGUAAAAAUGCGUUUCCCCAAACUGAUGUGGUGUCAGGAUGUCCAAGAGAGAGUGAUGGACGAGGUCUAUAAGCUCAUCACUCAACUUUACUUCAAACAUCUUGUCCAAAUCAACCAGAGAAAGCUAAAGAAGUGCUGGGGCUCUGAUGUUGGGCAACAAGUGACUGACGAUGCUGAGCUGCUUCACUCCACCAUCUCAGACUUGGCCUUUGGUGUCCAACAGUGGAACCUCACGCUGCUGAAAAUCCCAGACAUUUUGGAGUGCAAGGACACAGACGGACUGAAACUUGAUGUUGCAAGCAUGCAGCGGAUGAAUAUCACAAAGAGAAAAGAUCUGGAGCUCCUGCUGCGAUGGAAAGGUCUCUCUAACCGAGAGGUCAAGGAGGUGCUGGAGGCCCUUCCUGAGGACCAACCCAGACCCAGACCAGUAUCCUCCUGGUACGGCUGUCUUAUCUGCUGCUGUAGGCCUUGUUUCUCUACAGAGGAUUAG